AUGAUUCUUCCGAGCUCAGAUGAAGAGUCACAUCGUCAGGAGCUUGGUGACGACAGCCACAGAUUUGGCAGCUUUGUGCCACCCCCAGACGUCAAUUUCGACAUGUGGUACGAAGGUAUGAUGCCCCCAGGAAGCUGGUCUGACAUGCCCGGGCCAGCCUCAGGUAUGGCACCGAAGCUCCAUAAAAACGAGUUGGACGCCCACAGCAGUUCAACUCCAGCCAGUGGGCCAAGUCAAGCUGAUCACACCUCCGCGGAAACUCCAUUAACCCCCGAAGAUUUUCUGGCCAUAAUCAUGAGCUUCGAUGACCCAGUUGACAGUGCCGCGGAGGCUGUGGUCACGGGAGCCCCGCAUUUGCACACCCUUGGAGUCGCUGGUGGUAUUCACGGCCGGUUGUCGGCCUUACGCUUUGACUCGCCGCCGUCAUCGCGCAGUGUAGGACAACGCGACGCUGAGCUAUCAUGUCAUGACCUGACACCAGGUAUAUCGCCUGCCCCAGCAUCAUUAGCUAUUCCAGUAGCAGUCGCGGUACCAGUACCAGCCACGGUAUCACCUCCUGUAGCACCAUUGUCUACAACAUUCGUGUCGUCGCUACCUAUUACGGGGUGGUCCGGUCUUGAGACCCUACCCCAGGUGAAAUCGAGAGCCAGAGAAGGCAUGAAACGGUCGAUGUUCAACGGCUCGUUUCUGCUUUCAACUGAGACAAGAUCAGAAAAGGCGCUUGCCAGCCUUGCUGCCGUUGUAGCUACAUCAAAUAAUCCUGAAUUCGCCCAAUGGUCCGCCGGGGAUGAUGCCAAAAAGGACGCUGGAAAAAUUGGUGACACCGCGAAGAAUCUGAGGAGAAGAUUCAUGGAUAUAGUUCGGACGGCGGUUUUAUCUGGCUACAAUUUGAAUGAAGCCUUGGAAACCCAACCGCAGCCAGAGAUGGUGCUUAUCAUCCGUGACCUUCUCCAAGCCGAUGCGUUCCUGAACGGAGAUAUCGAGGUGGGAGGACAGAUCAUGCACGGCGUGCCCUUUGCAAAUAUUGUAGUGCGACAUUUUACGCAGCACGUGCUGUUCCACCAACUUAAGCUCCACCAAUAUGUUAGCCACGACCGAGACCUUGGGGCAUUGUUAGCCUUCAUUGGAACAUUGUUUGAGUGGGUAUUGAAAGAACUGUCCACUGGUGUCUUCUUGCCCAGAGACUUUGACCUGUCCCCCGCUAGGGUAGAAUUCGACAAAAAGCUAAAUGGUCUCUACACGUCAAUGGCGAGCGAUGCAAAUGUAUAUGCAGGGAAAAUUACAAGGCAGGGUACUUCCAGGAAUGAUAUGAGCCAAGAAUUACAGAAAACGGCGGUUGGGAUGUGGAGAUAUGGUCAAAAUACUGACUUUUUGGCCCUACCACCAUAUGUCACCAGUAAUGAUCUCCAGAUACUCUGGGACCAUCACCAAUCGAUUUCCAAGCUUGAAAAACCCCAGGACAGCCCUUUACGGUAUCGGGUUUAA